GGAUUCCUGAACUGUCAACAGGAAGCGGCGGAGGAGCUGCAGCUCGUAAACUCCCAUUACAGGUCAGAGGAGAGGAGCCGGUGACCCGCAGGAGCUGCCUCCGUGGUCUCCCUCCUGCAAGGUGGUGAUUAUGUGGCUGGGACGGCGUCUGUAACCGGCUUUCACAGAUCUCAGGCCAGGCUUUGGGGGCGCAUUCCUCGGAGUUUGGUACCUUGUUUCUGGGCCAGAAUGGAGCCCCGAGGAGCCCCCACUGAGAUCCUCCUGCAGCGCCCCUGGCUUCCUGUGAGCAUCAGCGGCUGCCACCUCCUCGCCAAGAGCUGGUUCGGGGAGACGGCAUACCACAUCCUGCUGACAGACGUGCACUGUGUGUGGGAGGAGAGGAUGGACUCAGCAGCCAUCCAGAAGAGAGCGCAGGAGCUGAACAGACGUCUGCGCGCCCCGGUCGAGGCUUUCUUCUCCCACCUGUGCGCGAUGGUUCAGCCCUGUCUGUCAGGAAGUGACCGGCGGUCCGACGGCGAGGCCCAGAUCUCCCUGACGCGGCAGGAGGACGGAAACAUCAGCAUGAAGCUGAAGAGCGAGCUGGCAGGGCUGCCCUUCCACUGGGAGUUUCAGUGCACCCCCGCCCCUGUCACUGUGGUGUGUGUGCAGCUGGUGCGCCCUCUGCUGACGAUGAGCCAGCUGCUGCAGCGGCAGGUGGAGCAGCUCGGAGGUCUUCUGGGGAGGAAGGACGCAGAGAUCCAGGACUACAGAGAGAAUGGAGCAACACUCAGCAGAG